AUUCAGGUCUUAAUUGAAAUUGAAAUCGCAAUCGGAUACUGGUAACCGGUCUGAUGACUCUGGUCUAGAUAUCUGUACUUCGUUGCAACAGCAAGGUACUGUCUGGUUAUAAGAUAAGGGUGGAAAAAGGAUUUUAGCUGAAGGAGAAGGUUGAGAAUCUCGUGUUUCCCAAGGUGAUUUGAUGUUAUGAAUGGAUUCCUAGAGUAAAGAAGUCCUCGUUAACUCCCACCUUUUACUUAGGAAGGUUCUCGGAGUACCUUUCUUCAAUUUAAUUGCAGGGUCAGAUCCUGUGGAUUAAGAGGUUCCCCCACUUCUGAAUAUGGUUUUGUUAGUGAAAUAUCAUGAUUGAUUUGAUGCUAUGGGAAGUUGUACAACCGUUACUUUGUGUACAACCCCUCACACUCAUACAUGACCAUUUCCUAACUAUAUGGUCCCUAUCUAUAUACAUAGUGUGUGGCAUCGUCUCCGUGCAUCCAUUGGCUUGGUGUGGGAGAAGCCAAUCUAUACCGCGGUAGAUCCUUCUGCCCUUAUACCAUAUGCUCAAUCCUUUUUAGGCUAGCUCGGCCAUUGCUUGGUUGCAUUGGUGCUAAUGUGCAGAGUUUGAUUGAAACCCAGAUCCGGUGUCAAAAAGCCUACGAAUCGGCUGCUCUGGAACACCUGAAAUAGGGAUCAAUUUUAGCUGAUUCCAAUCCAAAUUGACCAAUUCAACUGAUCCGAUGAUGCCUGGCAAAUGCCUGGAUGGCUGGAUUAGGUAUUGGUUUUGGAUCAAGGGUAAAAAUCGCAAAAAUACUAUAAUUUUUAAUGAAAAGUAAGGUUAAAAUCGAUCAAUUCAGGCCAAUACGGACUGAUCCAGAAUUCCAGAUCAGUGUCAGCUCGGCUGAUACGAUACGAGAGAUCUAAAUUCCUGAUUGUCAGUGCUGCGAGCCAGGAGGCCCAAGCCCACGUAUCUUUGCAUAUCGUUUGUUAGUCGUUGCAGUCUAUGAGACUCGGAUUAACUCUACUCGUAUGUCAAAUCCGGUGUUCAUUUCCAUUGCCUUGGGCUCCCGCCAAUUUCUCCUCCACCUUGACAGUGUAGAUAGAGAAGAAACGGAGAAAUGGAACCAUGGGAAGCACUAGAUGUAGACGAUUCAGACCUUCCUUCGCUGCUCCGUCCUUCAACUCUUCUCCCCUGCAAGCGCCACCUUCCACUGCAACAACCCUCCAAGCCUACCACAGAUAUCAUCAGCUCUUCUUGCACUCUCCCCCUCUCUCUUGAGCCCUGCUCGCAACUUCACCGCCCUUCACAAUCCCAAACCCGUAUUCACAAUCCUGAAACCCUAGAUUCUCAAUCUGAUCGUUGCUUACCUCAGAUUGGUACUUCUGAGGUUGAGGUUGAAGAGGAGGCGGAACAGCAGCAACAGGGUCCAUCGACGAGCUCUCUACGUCUCCUUCCUGGUCCUGCAGGUGCCCUUCAGGCCGCCAUGCACCAGCAUUCUCGUUAUCGUGACCAAAACCUUGUUUCUUCCCAAGAACGAAUCCCUACUCAGGAGUUUCUUAGGAGGGCACACGAAGGUGGAGAUGGCGAUGAGGAUUUUGGGACCAAUUCAUGGCUUUGUGCUUUGGAAUUCCUUGGUGGCGGAGAUGGUGUUGCUUUGAGAUCUCCUUUACACUCAAUCAAGCUGCGUGUAGGCAUUGAGAAGGUGCCUCAGGUUGUUGCAGUUAUCAAAUCUUGUGUGCCUAAUGGGCUAGGUGAUUUGAUUGUAUGUCUGAAGUAUCCUAUGGGUACCAUUAGUGCAAGCAUCCAUCAUAAAGUUCUAACAGAGAGUGAGUUUGGGAGAGACAUAGCUGUAGGUGCUGUUAUGAUACUCAAAGAGGUUGUCGUGUUCUCUCCUUCUUCGUCAGCAUGUUAUCUAAAUAUAACUCUGCACAAUGUGGUUAAGAUUUUCAGUAAAGAAUGUGGACCUCCUCCAAAACAAAAUUAUCAUGUGUCCAGAGACAGAUUUGCUGCUUCUGGUAGAGAACAAAGUGGAGAAAUUAGACCUGAAAACAUCGAGAGGACAUCAUAUCUGAGAGAUAGAACAGCUGAUGGAAUCACCGCUGGUUUAGUCAGAAGAGACAUUGAUGAUGGCACUAUGGAGGUUGACAGAGAAAUGGGGGGAGGUGGCCUAGCAGCAGGAAGCUUCCAUUUUCGCAGCAAUAGUAGGGAGUCCCAACAUACUGCCAAAGAAAAGGAACCAUUAGUUAGAUUGGAUGUAGCUGAAAAAACCAGGGAAGAGACAGUAAGCAUAGAUGGCAAACAUGUACCUUUCGGAAGCUUUCACAGCAACAGUAGUGGACAUCUGAAUGCUCCUAAGGUAGUGGAUACAGACAUGGUCAAGGAUCCUAAUGAUCAGGAAGCUGUGAGAAUGAAUGGAGUUAAGAAGCUGCCAAUUAUUUCAAGCACUACACUACCAGAGUGGACUGAUGACCAACUGGAGGAGCUAUUUGCUGCUGGUUCUGAAGAUAGUGACCCCUUAUUCUCAUAAGCUGUGUAGUUUGUUGUAUCAAUGUGAAACAUCAAAGUGAACACCCUCCCUUCUUUCCCAGAAAAGAAGGUGAAACACCAUAGAAAUCUCCACUACUGCCACGUGAAGGUCUCAUAUGCAAGGUAAUAUACCUGCGUCAAACUCCUUUUUUCCUUAAAAGCAAUUCAAACAUGAGCUAUUAGUUGCAGGCCAGGUUUGCUAACAAUGAAUGUUAUGUUGCUGCAAUGCUGCACACAUAAUGGAGUUAGGCCAUUAAAUUUGGCUGAAAAGUGGGCAUGCGACAGUGGUGUACAGUUCAUCUCAAAGCUUUUUUCUUUUUUUUUCAUGAUGUGGAACUCUUAUAUACAUAUUGGCACAUACCGAACUCUCCCUCUAUAGGCAUGUAUGAUGUGCUAUGGUGGGCUCUGUAUGCAUCCCUCUCCCAUGAAAAUAAUCAAUGUGAUAGAAAUUGAGUUGGCUA